AGUAGUGGACGUCUGAUACGUGUUCUGAUUGGCUGAAUAGUUGCGUGGGUCAUGUGACUAGAACACAACUUUGAGAAGAAAAUGUUGGCUUUGAUUUACCAUUACUACAACAAACAGCAGCAGCAGCAUCAGACACAUUAUACAUUGGCUGAAGGAUACAUCUUUUGCACAUUUCCAACUAUCUAAGAGGACGACGAAACAAUGAGUCGUCACGACAGUACGGGCAUUCAGAGUGACUAUCAGCCUAUCGACGACAGGGAUGCAGAAGAAUCAACUCAUCUUUUAGGGACAGUACAGGGAGGAAAUUCUUCCUUCAAGUCCAGUGUUUUUAAUCUAAUGAGCGCAAUUAUGGGAAGUGGGAUCCUGGGACUGGCUUACGCGAUGGCCAACACUGGCAUAGUGGGCUUCAGUAUAUUGCUGCUGAUAGUCUCCAGUUUGGCUGCAUACUCCGUCCAUUUGCUGCUCACACUGUGUGGCCAGACAGGUGUUUCAUCAUAUGAAGAUCUAGGAGGAAGAGCAUUUGGGAGGUUUGGCAAAAUCCUGGUGGCCAGUACUAUUCUUAUUCAGAAUGUUGGAGCUAUGUCCACCUACAUGGUCAUCCUCAAGACGGAGUUUCCUGCUGCCAUCAGCAGCUUCCUCAGCCCCGACCACGAACGGGCUGUGUGGUAUGAGAAUGGCCCUAUUCUGCUCAUCCUGGUUACUGUGGCUGUGGUACUUCCAUUGGCUAUCUUACCAAAGAUCGGUUUUUUGGGCUACACUAGCAGUCUGGCUUUCUUUUUCAUGUUCUUCUUCGCAGUAGUGGUCGUAGUAAAGAAAUGGUCCAUUCCUUGCCCACUUCCAGUGAAUGCAACAUUAAGUCUCUAUGAGGUGUCGUCCAAUUUGUCAGAAUGUACACCAAAACUCUUUGUUUUCACCAAUAAGGGUGCAUAUGCUGUUCCUACUAUGGCUUUCUCUUUCCUAUGCCACACUGCUGUCCUUCCCAUUUACUGUGAGCUGAAAAGACCCAGCCAGAAGCGAAUGCAGAAUGUGGCCAAUGUCAGCAUCUCUCUCAGCUUCCUCGUCUACCUCAUUUCUGCCUUAUUCGGAUACCUCACCUUCUUUGACAAGGUUGAGUCUGAGUUGUUGCUGACCUAUGAUAUCUACCUGCCGCGCGAUCUCCUGGUCAUGCUGGUGCGGCUGGCUAUUCUCCUGGCAGUAGUGCUGCACUUGCCCAUCAUCCACUUCCCAACCAGGAAGGCUGUGCAGAAGUUGGUGAUGGCGGAUCGUCCAUUCUCAUGGGUGUCCCACACCGUCAUCACUCUCGCCCUCCUCACCGUAGUGCUGCUGCUGGCCAUAUUCGUCCCGGACAUCAGAAACGUCUUUGGAGUCGUUGGCUCCACCACCUCCACGUGCCUCCUGUUCGUCUUCCCGGGCCUCUUCUCCCUCAGGAUGCGCCCUCACCCGCUGCUCUCUGUGGCCGCUCUUGGGGAGCUGGCGUUGGUGGUAAUCGGCAUACUUGUUGGUCUGCUGAGUUUGUGCAUCAUCAUCGUCAGCUGGGCACAGAACUCCUGACCAGGACUCAACAUGGACAUCAUGCGAAACGGGGGGAAAAACUGAUAAGACUGUGGAACAGGCGUAUUAAUACUACACCACAAGCUGUGAUUACAAGUAUGCGGACUAGAGGAUGACAUUUUUCGGGAAUUCCCGUGGGUCCCGCAGGAUGGGAGUCAAAAUUUUAAAGAUGAACGGGAGCGGGCAGGAGCGGGAAUGAAAAUGAAUGAUCUUGAGUGGGAGGGAUUGGGAGAUCUUCUUACAGGAGUGGGAUUUGUUUCUUUUAGUCCAGCCCGGGAUGGGGCGGGGUGAGAUUUUUUUUUCUUGAACCGGGAUGGGACAAGAGUGAAAAUCCACUCCCAUGUCAUGCUCCAAUGCUGACCUUGUUACUCAGGACUAGUGGACCUUUCAUAAAAAUGGAUACUAAGGGAUGACAAUAAGGCAUUCACCACAAACGAAUCGAUGAUUACUGAAGUAUGCUGACCUCGUUAUUUGGGGGCAAGUUCCAAAAAGGUGGUUUCUGGAACACCCCCUGAUGAUUAGAAGUAUGUUGACUUUUAUUGUGGACUAGUUGACCCUUCAUAAAAUGGGUGCUUCGGGAUGAUUAUAGAGGCCUUCUCUCUCUCUGUCUCUCUCUCUCUCUCUCCCAGUAAUAGUUGACCAUGUUUAUAUAAUGAACAUUUUGGUGGAAAGAAGAAAAAGAUGUCCGAUUUUGUUAUUGUAAUUGCCAUCUUUUAUUUGUAAUUGCUAUAUUUUAUGAAAUAUGUUUUAUAAUUGCUAUCUUUUAUGAAAUCUAUUUUUAAUUGGUGUAUGAUAUUUAAAAUAGUAGGAGUGAAGGGAAUAGUAGAAGGGAACUUUGUAUACAAUUUGUAUUGCUGCUUUUUUUCCUCUGUCAUUUUUCUUCUACAAUUAAAACCUUUGAUGGAUAUUUUUUAUAACCCAUUGGUAGAUAUGUUGUUAACUUAUCAGAGGGUAAGAAAAGAAAAAGGACGACCCAGUUUUAGCUGAUGUGAUUCUCUAUGCAAAUCAUAGCUACUAUACCAAGUUCAGGAACCUUUGAAA